CCUCCGUCCCUCCGUCCGUCCGUCCCCUCCAGGUCGGGGCCGCCGAGGAAGGAGAGGGGCGCCGGGCCGGGGCCUCGGGGGUCGUCGAGGGUGGACGGGCCGGCGUCCGAGCGUCCGAGCGGCGGGGGCGGGGGGUCCGGAGACCCCUUGUCACCCCGGCUGACCAUGGUCCAGCAGGCGGACGGCCCCGAGGGCGACGGAGCCCUGCCCCGGGAGGCCACCGACACGGAGGAGGGCGAGUUCCUGGCCUGCAGCCCGGCCGCCCUGGACGAGAGCGACCCGGACUGGUGCAAGACGGCCUCGGGCCACAUCAAGCGGCCCAUGAACGCCUUCAUGGUCUGGUCGAAGAUCGAGAGGAGGAAGAUCAUGGAGCAGUCGCCGGACAUGCACAACGCCGAGAUCUCCAAGAGGCUGGGCAAGCGCUGGAAGAUGCUCAAGGACAGCGAGAAGAUCCCCUUCAUCCGCGAGGCCGAGCGGCUGAGGCUCAAGCACAUGGCCGACUACCCCGACUACAAGUACCGGCCGAGGAAAAAGCCCAAAAUGGACCCGGCGGCCAAGCCGGGGGCCGGACAGAGCCCGGAGAAGAACGGCGGAGGAGGAGGAGGAGGUGGAGGUGGUGGAGGUGGAGGUGGCACCAAAGGGUCCAAGAGCUCCAGCAAGAAAUGUAGCAAGCCGAAGACCCCUCCCUCCUCCUCCUCCAAGGCCGGGCCUCCUGGCAGAGGGGCGCACCCCGGGGACGGAUGCGGAGAGGACCGGCUCUUCGGGCCGGUCAGGGCCGGCGGCGGGGGCAAGGCGGUGAAGUGCGUGUUCGUCGACGAGGACGACGACGAGGACGACGACGACGACGAGCUGCAGCUCCGCAUCAAGCAGGAGGACGAGGACGAGGACGAGGAGCAGCGGCUGCAGCCGGCGCAGCACCAUCCGCAUGCCCCCCACGCCCACCCCACCCACGCCCACCACCACCACCACCACCACCAGCAGCAGCUGCUCCGGCGCUACAACGUGGCCAAGGUGCCCGCCAGUCCCACCUUGAGCUCCUCGGCCGAGUCCACCGAGGGGGCCAGCCUGUACGAGGAGGUGCGCGGGGCGGUCGCCCCCUCGGCGGGCCAGGGCGGAGGGGGCAGCGCCAGCCGGCUCUACUACAGCUUCAAGAACAUCACCAAGCAGAACACUCAGCAGCAACAGCAGGCCCAACAGCACCUGUCCCCCGCCUCCUCGCGCUCCGUGUCCACCUCCAGCUCCGGGGAAGAGACGGACGACCUGAUGUUCGACCUCAGCUUGAAUUUCUCCCAGAACCCCCAAGGGCCGGGCGAGCAGCUCAGCGGCAACCCCGCGGCGGGCAACCUGGCCCUCACCCUGGUCGACAAGGACUUGGAUUCGUUCAGCGAGGGGAGCAUGGGCUCCCACUUUGAGUUCCCCGACUACUGCACCCCCGAGCUCAGCGAGAUGAUCGCGGGAGAUUGGCUGGAGGCCAACUUUUCCGACUUGGUCUUCACCUACUGAAACCCCGGGCCUCGGAGGCGGUGAUGGUGGUCACUGGUGGUGGUGGUGGCGGUGGCGUUGGUGGUGGUGGUGGUGGGCCUGGUGGUGAUGAUGGAGAGAGAAAGAGAGGAGAGAGGAGAGGAGAGAGAGAGAGAAAAAAACACACAAAAAAGAGGAAGGCGCGGAGGAUGGAGAUGAUGCGGAGAAGAGAAAAAAAUUCGGAAAGAGAUGAUGAAAAAAAAUUGGAGUUAAAGCGAAAUGAGUAGCUCUUCGAUUUUUUUUUUUGUUGUUGUUGUUAUUUUUUUUUUUUCUAUUUUCUUUUCUUAUUGUGUCUCAAGGUAGUUCCGAACCGAGCCUGGAGUUGUGAUUUUCUUUUCCCAGCUAUGUUUUUGUUUUUUUUUUUUAAUGAGUAUUAUUUUUUAAAUUCCUGAAAUCGAUCAUCGCAACAAAGGCGAAUGGGACUGGGGGGAAACGCGCCGGAAUGCUGCGCUGUUAGAAGCAUGUCAGUCUUUGAUUGAAGUCUGGAAGACGGUCUGCAAAGAAGCCUUUUUGGCAGCACAACUGUUAACUCAAGGGGGUUUGUGGAUUUUUAUUUCUUUCCUGAGAGAUCUUAAAGAACUGUUGAUUUUUUUUUUUUAAAAAAAAGGGACCAUUGCAACUUUUUUUUUUUUUGGAGGGAGAAAACUGAUGUCUUCUAUGCAUCCGAUUCUUAACAAAGCUGCAGGGAGCUUGAAAAAAUGCAGACUGUACAAACGCUUACAAAAAAAAAACAAAAAAACUGUGAACUGACUUAAGAUCAGAGUUUACUUUUCAGAUCAAAUUGUUUAUGGUUUUACAAAUGUGAUUUCUACUUGCCAACUUUUUUUUUGUAACUUGUUCCCUUAUACCUCCUUGAUUGAAUACCAGACAGCCUAGACCUCAGUACAAAAGGUAUUGAAACAUUUUUGAUACAUAACAGACCUCAGUCUUUUUUAAAAAUUAAUAUAUUUUCAGGCGUAUUUUUGUACAGUGAAAAGGGAACAUUCUUGCUGUGUUUUUUCAGUAAGACUUUCAGGCACUUCUUCCCUUUUGAUUUCUUUUUUUUUUUUUUCCUCUGUUUUUAGCAUGCAAGUAUGUUGGUACGUUACGUCCUGGUUUUAAAAGGAUUACAAUUUUAAAAUAAUCCUUGCAUCUAAAGGCCUUGUGGUUUAAAAAAAAAAAACAAACACUUUUUUGUACAGCUAUAGUUCAGAUUUGUUCAAUAUUUGUAGGUAAAGAUUUAUUGAAAAUGGUGAUAUAGGACCUCAGAGCUGUUACCUUAGUUUAAAGAUUGUAUAUGUACUGUAUUAUAGUAGGACUUUAUGUAUCUCAUACGCUGUGAUAUGUGGAUGGGGCCCCGGAUGGAAGGUUAUGAAACUGGAUUCUCGAUUUUUAGCAAAAAAAAAAAAAAAGGCACAUAGUAAAAGAAAGUUUUUUUUUUUCCUUUUGUGCAAUAUAAUCUAAAUAAAGUACAGACCAUCUGCAUAUUUUGUAGCAAAUGAUGGCAAAGCAGACUCGUGCACUGUCAACAUCAUUGCCUGGGUUUUUUUUUUUAUGCUGAAAGUCUGUAUUUGACGAUUUUAAUAAAUCAGCUGGAACUGAUAGAAA